AUGAAUUUCUUAGUAUCAUACACAAGUAGAUGCAAUUUGCGCUUAAAUAUAAAUUUACACUUUAUAAAGAGUUUUUUGAAUAAUGAAAAACGCUAUUCAUCUUCGCUAUAUAUCCCAGGUAACAAAGCUAAUAAAGUAUUGUCGUUUUUGAGGCCAGAUUUAAAUUUUGACAACUACUUUGAAGAUUUGCAAAAAACUGAAAAAGAACUUAACUUAAGAGGUUACAAGGCUGAUUUAGAAUAUUUGAAGGCCAAUUGGCAUUCUUAUAAGGUUCUUACAUUAAAGAAAAUUAAAUUAGAAAAAGAACUGAAAAAAUAUUCAAAUCAAAUAUCUAUUGUAAAGAACAAUAAUGCUACCUCGGGUGAUACAUCUAAUUUGAAUGAUUUAAUAAACAAAUGUAAAUGUGUGAAAACGGAUUUGAAAUUAAUUAAAGAAAAUAUAUGGAACAUUGAAGAAGUUGUAAUUCCGGAGCUUCUGAAACUUCCAAAUAAUAUCGACAAAAGGACACCCAUAGAAUUUCCAGUUAUAUUAAAGACAGUUGGUCAAAAGCCAGACAUUAUCGAGGAUGCGAUCGAUCACGUAAGCAUCGGUACAGAAUUAGGCCUAUUGGAGUACAAAAGUGCAAUUCAGUAUUUUCUGUGUAACGAAGCUGUAGUUUUUGAAUGUGGCAUCUUAUCUAUAGCGGGUAGAAUUUUAAACGACAGUGGAAUUAUGCGAGUAGCUGGACCGGACUUUUGUCGAAGUAUAGUUAUCGAGGGGGCUGGUAUAGAUCACCAGAGUCCGUUGAAUUCAUUCAUUAUAAAAGAUUCGGAUAACUUAGAAAUCAAUCGCUUGCACGUAGUUGGAAGUGCCAGCGCUCCUGCCCUUCUUGCUAUUUAUACAAAAAAAAUUAUACAAGAAAAGGACUUUCCAGUAAAAAUAUUUAAUACCGGAAGGCAAUACGUACCAAUAAUAAGAGAGUUGGCAACAUAUGGACUGUUUGCCGUUUGCCAAGCAUCAGCGGUUCAAACGCAAACCAACGAUGAAAACUAUCAAGACGAAUUGGAAAACUUAAUAAAUGUCACAUCAAAAAUCUAUGACGAAAUUGGAUCACAUUACCAAGUUGUUAUUAAAACGACGAAAGAUCUUGAUUUGUCGGAGCGUAUGAGAGUUAGUUUUGAAAUGUGGUCGUCAUAUUUAAAUUGUUAUAUCGAAGUCGGUCAUAUAUCAGUGUGCGGCGACUACUUCAGCAAGAGGUUAUUGAUUGGUUGUAAAUCAUCGAAUAAUGUGAAAUUUCCAGCGGCCAUAACCGGGACCCUAUUAUCCGUUCCCAAGAUAUUGGGUUGUUUAUUUGAAGAGAAUCCAAAGAAAUUUGUCGUGCCAGAAAACGUAAAGGGAUUUUUUUAAUGAAAAUUUAGGCACAAAUAUAUUUGUACGUUAAAAAAUAAAAUUGU